AUGACGUUCGUCCAUGAAGUGAAGCGGAUCAUUGCGCUCUACAGCCCCACCGAACUGCGAAACAUCGCUACAUAUAUUCUCGGCAUUAUGCUAUACAAGUUCGGUCUCGAGCUGUUCAACGGUUCUGUUGUGUCAAUGGCCACAGAUCGUUUCACGGCUGCUCACACAUUUGGCAAGUUGGCCAUCCUGACUGGAUUGAACACCGCCAUGCAAUGCGUGGGCGCAAUCCUUAUCGCGCCCCUUGUCAAAAAGUUGCCAACUCGCACAAUCCUUGCCAGCGCCAUCCUUAUUUUUGCAAUCAUGUCAGCCCUCCUCCUUAUCGUUGACGGCGCUACUGGCGGUAGGAUCAAAUCCACCACGCCUAACAAGCAAGUCAAAUAUGGUGAUUGGAAUCCAAACGGUCUCUUCCCUAUCUACAUCGUCGCAGGUAUCGCUUACGGUAUGGUAGAACUCAUCCGCCGAGUUAUCCCAAGGGAUAUUGUGGGCCCUCACCCGGAGAAGUUAAGGAGGAUGGAUGCCUUGGUGCAUAUUCUCUAUGAAGUGUCCGGAACAGCCGGUGCCUUUGCCUGCUCGAUGCUUAUCGGAAAGUUCGGCAAUAAUUACUCCUUCAUGAUGACGCCCAUCUUCUACAUCCUCGCUGGUAUCGUCUGGUUCCAAAUCUCUGCUCUCUCCUUCAAAUCUGGGAACUCUCAAGGAGCUGACACCUCCCUCCUCGCCCGUGUCAAUCGCGCGGAACGCCACCCCCUCAUCACAUAUUGUCUAGGCGUCAUCGAAGGAUUCCGACUCUUCCUCCUUUCGAUUCUCAAAGGGUGCCAGCUGGUCUUCUGCCAUCGCAAGUAUGUGUGGCUCUUCUUUUCUUAUAGCGUCGCCCUCCAUUGCCACCGGUAUCUCGAAAACAUCAUCGCGCCCAUCUACGCCCGCCGUAUCCUCAACAACUCUGGUCUUGCCCAAGUCUUUGUCGCCUUUUCUAACUUGGGCGAACUACACGGUGCCCUCUUCGUCUUCCUCUUUGCCCGCAAUGUCAAGACCCCCAUACCUUGGCUGCGCCUCGACGCUCUGCUCCUCAUGAUCAUUUGGGUGGUUCCAUUCUACGAACGCGGCCUUCGUACGACCAUCGUCGCUUACCGUCUGGGCGCCUGCUUUAUCCCCAUAUCAUUUGGAUGGGCGGCAGGUGAUGUCUCACUGUCCGCCUAUAUUCAGUUAUCCCUCACCCAUUCAGACGAGGAGCAGGACGAUUCCAAGAUAUCGUCCCUUGGGAGUAUCAUGGCUUUCCUCUACUCAUCCUAUAUCAUCAUCUACGCUGUUGUGUCGAAAUUUCUCGGGGAUUACGUUGACCGGGUCGUCGUCCGCGGGGGCAGCGUGCACGAUGCCCUCAUCCUUGUGGGUGGAAUCCAUUUCAGCGCAUUUGCAUUCGUUAUCUUCGUUUCCACUUUCGUCCCCAGAGGGGCUUUCGCGUUAAACCCUGAGGUUAUCUACAUGAGUGAGAGGUCCGGCUCGUCAACGAAUGAGGUUGGGCAGGUCAGCGAAAUUCAUGCGAGACAUGACAAUGGCGUCAGUGAGGACAUCACACCCUCACGUAUUCACGACCGCACUCGUUCACGUGUCCCACCAACUGUUCUUGACGGCCACCCAGGAACCCUUUAA